AUGAUUAGAAUUUGUUACAUAGACAUGACAGAUAAAAGAAUUAGGGUUAGUUGGAAGUCGGAAUUGGUGGAUAAAACUUUUUUGCAAGCAUGUAUACAAGAAUUAACAAGCAAUGGCGGAGAGGGUAGUGGACUAAAAGCAAGCUCAUGGGCUGUGCUCGCGGAGAAAUUGAAAACAAAUCAUAAUUUUAUUGUCGACAAAAAACAAAUGAAAAACCGAUACGACUAUUUAAAAGCAAAGUAUGCAGUGUGGUUAAAACUUAAAAACAAAAUAGGAAAUAUUUAUAAUCCCGUAAAGAAUUCUUUUAACAUGACUAAUGAAGAAUGGGAAGCGGAAGCGAAGUUGAACAAUUGGGGGCCAUCUUCGACAUUACCUCAUCCCAAUGAAACCUUCAGUACACAUGAUUUUGAGGAUACAGAGAUGGAUGAGCCAGCACCUCAUGCAGAUACCCCAAGCUCAACAAUACCUCAACCUACUAGUGAGGAAUCAUCUGGGCGGACAAAAAAGAAGGGAGACAAACGAAAUGGUCCUAAAGAAACCACACUUGAUGAUGAGUUGAAAUAA